AUGGUUGGACGGAUCGUUUCAUUGAAAAAGGGAAAAGAUUCCCCUGGAGGUUCAAAUAACGACGUAGAAAAUACGAAACCAUCCAUGAAGGUUUCGUUGAUGGCAAGAGGCAAAGGGAAUAAGUUGGUUCUAAAAACGGUAUCGAUAGAGGAAUCGGCCCUGCAUGAGGCAUGGAAAAAGGAACGAGAACGCGAAGAAGUGGAGCGAGCCGACAUCAAACGAGUCACCUUAGGCCACACAGCGCGCAUAUUUGCCGAGGAAGAGCAGGAAAUGCGGCAGCAAAUCUACUCGCACAGCAGAUUCAACUAG